ACAAUCUUCUGCGGCCGUUGUCUUCUGGGCUCUAGGGACGCAUAUAAUCACUUCGUUCGCCUCGCCUAGUUGUCUCUCUCCUUUUUCUUCCUCUUGUGAAUUCAAGCACGACAUGUCGACGUUUGGUACCCUCUUCCGCGUGACGACCUAUGGUGAAAGCCAUUGUGCCUCGGUCGGCUGCAUCGUCGACGGCUGUCCACCGGGUCUCCAACUUACUGCUGCAGACAUCCAGGUGCAGCUCAGCAGGCGACGGCCCGGACAGAGCAAUCUGACCACUCCGCGCGACGAAAAAGACUUGGUGCAUGUCCAAAGCGGUGUCGAGCAUGGCGUAACGUUGGGUACUCCCAUUGGCUUACUUGUAAAGAACGAAGACCAGCGGCCGAAGGACUAUUCUGAGACGGAUUUGUAUCCUCGACCUAGUCAUGCGGACUAUACUUAUCUUGAGAAAUAUGGGAUCAAGGCUAGUAGUGGAGGUGGCAGGAGUAGUGCUCGGGAGACGAUUGGACGUGUCGCAGCAGGCGCCAUCGCCGAGACGUACCUCAGACAAGUCUACGGCAUCGAAAUCGUAGCCUUCGUUUCCUCAGUAGGGAAAAUCACCAUCCCAUCCUCCGUCGACGGGCGCGCAAUCUCACAUGACGAGGAUAACGACGAGAUUGAAGAAGCGCUUACGCCCGAGUUCCGUCAACUCCUCUCAACAGUUACGCGUGCAGCGGUAGACGCACACUCGACGCGUUGUCCGCACGCGGAGACGGCGGAGCGCAUGGUGAAACGCAUCCUCCGCGCAAAGGAAGCUCACGACUCUAUCGGUGGGACGAUCACCUGCGUCAUGCGAAACGUCCCUCCUGGGCUGGGAGAGCCUGUAUUCGACAAGUUCGAAGCUGCGUUGGCACAUGCGAUGUUAAGCAUCCCCGCCACCAAAGCUUUUGAAAUCGGAAGCGGAUUCAGAGGGACAGAGGUACCCGGCUCACGACACAACGACGCGUUCGUCGCGCGCCCCGACGGACGUCUCGGAACCCGAACGAAUUGGAGCGGAGGUGUACAAGGUGGAAUAACUAACGGCCAAGACGUGUACGUCCGCGUAGGGUUCAAAUCCCCCGCAACUAUCAGUCAAGCACAGUCCACUGCGCAAUAUGAUGGCACGCAGGGUGAGCUUGCUGCUAGAGGUAGACACGACCCGUGUGUCGUCCCGAGAGCCGUACCGAUUGUUGAAGCGAUGGCAGCACUGGUGAUCAUGGACAUGUUGUUAAUGCAGAAUGCGAGGAGUCAGGCUGCUUCGUUGUUACCACCGGUUACGACUCUUCCACCGACAAUGAUCUUGCCACCCCGCGUAAGGCCGCAGGUUCAUGCUGGUGCGCAACAGGCGGCAGAUAAGGAGAAGAAGGAGGCGUAGUGCUAUGGUUACUGUCCGUAUUAUUUUGUUCACUCAAAUGACGCAUAUAUGUAGAAGGAAGAUUCCAAGAUCAUAUGCAUGCAUGUUAUGGUUUACAAUUA